AUGAGUCAGCAAUGCAAACGCAUCAUGUUCCACAAGCCGCGUGACAGUGCGCGCGAGGGCGGGGAACGAAACGUCAUCCGUGAGGAGCAGCAGCGCAUUCUCAGCUGGUUCAUGUCUGCCGGUGCUGAUGUCAAUGCCUCCCUGCCAAGCAAUGAGUACACCCCUCUGAUGUUUGCCGUGAUGCGUGUCAACAACCCCUGCCUCAAAAUCCUGCUCGAUGCCGGUGCCGCCCCUUUUGUGCGCAACAACCGCGGCCGAACCGCGCAUGAUCUUGCCGCGAUCAUUGGUCAGCCAACGACGGUCCUGAACGCCUUGCCCCACCUGGCCCCACCUGCACUCACAGUUUGGCGGCACAUAGGUCACACGGAAGCCAUUGAUCUGCUUCGACAAGUCAUUGCACAAAAGGGCUUGGCGGAACUCAGUGUCUAA